AUAUCUACCAAACUAUCUAAAUCUAUCCUUAUAUCUAUCUACCCAUUUAUCUUUCUGUCAUUCUAUAUCUGAAUUCCAGUUGCUCAGGUGAAUGCUGCUUCCUUAUUUAACUUGAAGAGGCGUGACAGAUAACCAACAGCGGGGUGCUCGACCUGUAGGAGCCCAGAAAUAUCCCAGCCAAUUAUACCUCAACACCUCAGUGAAAGUUAACAUUAAAUAGGAGUUAAAGUGACUAUAUAAUCAGUUAAGAUGAAGACUAUCACCUGUACCGCACCUGUUAACAUUGCUGUAAUUAAGUACUGGGGAAAACGAGAUGAGAAGAUCAUACUGCCUCUGAACGACUCCAUCAGCUUCACUCUUAACCAAGAUGAGAUGUGUGCGAGGACGACUGUGGCCGUCUCACCAUCGUUUACCGAAGAUAGAUUUUGGCUGAAUGGCAAGGAAGAAUCACUCGAAAAUCCAAGGAUACAAAACUGCCUGAAAGAAAUUCGCCGCCGAGCUUCAAAACGUAAGUUGGAAGGCUCUAUUGAAGACAUCUUGAACUGGCACGUACACAUCUGUUCUGUCAACAACUUCCCCACAGCUGCUGGUCUGGCUUCAUCUGCUGCUGGCUACGCUUGUCUGGUGUAUGCCCUCGGACAAGUUUAUGGCGUCGAGGGCGAUUUAUCCUCAAUUGCUCGUCAAGGAUCGGGCAGUGCUUGUCGGAGUAUUUAUGGAGGUCUCGUAAGAUGGUACAAGGGAGAACUGGACGAUGGUACCGACUCUGUGGCACAACCCAUCGCUCCUCCUGAUCACUUCCCCAACCUGAGAAUUAUUAUAUGUGUGGCAAACGCUGGUCGUAAGAAGACAGGCAGUACAGAUGGCAUGAGACAAACGGUUCAGACUUCACGGCUAAUGGAGUAUCGCGUCAAAGAAUCCGUCGUCACAAGAACAGAAGCCAUGAUGGAGGCAAUUCAAGAUAAGAACUGGUCAACGUUUUGUGACCUCACUAUUGCCGACAGUAAUGAGAUGCAUGCUGUUUGUCUUGACACUUUCCCUCCCUGUGUGUACAUGACGGACACCUCACAUGCUGUAGCCAGCCUUGUACACCAGUAUAAUGAAGUCAAGAUUGCUCGAGGUGACUUAAACCAUAAGGUUUGCUACACAUUUGACGCCGGACCAAAUGCUUGUUUAUUUGUGCCCGGAGCCGUCGUGAAGGAGGUAUUGGCCUUGUUACUUCGCACCUUUCCUCCAGGUCCCUCACAGAGUCCAACUGAGUACGUCAAGGGCAUCCCAGCUCAGUCGGCUACUUUAUCGAAGGAGUUGAUGUCACUGGGAGAUGAGGACUUUGAAGGAGGAAGACUGAAAUACUUGAUACACACCAGAGUGGGUGAUGGACCAAGACUGAUGCUGGAUGCUGAAUCUAGCCUCUUGGACCAUACAACAGGUGUGCCCAAACCAACUAAUGGUACUGCCUAGUGUUGGAUGAGUACGAGGAAGAUGUGGAGUCCGAUGAGUACAAGUAUGAUAUGGAGUCCGUGCUCAAGGUUCCUGUCUGAAUGUAAGCAGAAAUUCAUAACUGUUUCAUCGCGACUAAAGUAAUUAUAUAAAAUAAAGUCAGCUUAUACCUAUAACAUGAACUAAAAUUAUCUAUCAUUGAGGGAAUAUUUAUCUAUAAUUCCUUAGGACUUUUAUAUUAAUUUAUUGUUUUAACCGAUGAAGUACUGAAUAAUGAGGAUAAUUUAUUAAUCAUAAAAAAAAUAAAUAGAAUCAUAAAACAAACAAAUCGGGAAAAAUAAGAGAAUGGCACGAUUGUGUAAACAGACUCUAUAUGUUUUAUUGUACAAGUUGAAAAUGUCGCUGUCUUAAUAUGCAACGUGUAUACAAAUAAUAGCAAUGUUUUUUUAUACGUAUUUAUGUGUUUGUUUACGAGAAUCUCAUAACAUUACAAGAGUAUAAAACUGUAUCUUGUUCGUGUAAGAGUUUGAUGAGUCAUUCACUAGAACACAAUCAAACUCACUCUUCCAUUAUACUUAGAAACUGUGACCUGACCUGAAGCAUUGCCACCAUCUGAUAACCCUCUGCUAACCUAACCUAAUCUAACCUAACUUGAUGUAACUUAACACUGAUCUAACCUAACUUAAUGAAACUUAACACUGAUCUUAACCUAACACUAACCAAACCUGUAAAUUUUUGUCUGUUCAUUGAUAAACAAACUUCAAUGCGACACCGAGUUAAUUUUCGUUUUUAAUCGGACUCCGAUGUACUCAUGAGAUUUGGCUAUGGAAAUUUAACACAUUACCCCUCCCCCCUUUAAAGGAAUCGUCCCCUCCCCCCUUAAAGAAUCCUGUGUCUUCCCUACAAUGACUAUUACAUCACCCUGACUUGAGGACCUUAGGCCAAAGAUACACGUAGCCUAAGGUACUGUCGUUAUCCAUCCACAAUCAAAAUAAAAUCAUUGUUUACAAGUACAGUAACCCCCGCCCCCCCCAAAGUUCAUCUGAAAACUAUCCUCCAGAUCACUAUAAGCUUAGCCCCCUGGAACACUAUAAGCUUACCCCCCUAGAUCACUAUAAGCUUAGCCCCAAGUUCACCUGAAGAUUAGCUCCCAGAACACCGAAACAUUAGACCUCAGAUUAUUUCACCUUAUUCUUAAAUGCCCUAAUGUUACCUUUGGGGGGUUAGAUUAGGUUAAAUUGGUUGGUAAAAUAAGCUGGGGGAAGGGGUAAAAUAAGCUGGGGGUAGGGGGUUCAUUUUUAGGUGAUUGGGAGCUUUAUAAUUUUUUGCAUAUGAUUUUUUCUCAAUGAUUAUAAACUAUUUUUGUAUAUUUUAUCCUGAUGAGGUAUAAUAAAUUAAUAAUGUACAAAAUACCACAUAAUUCAUUGUGCCUUAAAUGAGGUGCUAAUGGGUCAACACCUCUCUCAAGUAUAAUGGGCCUGAUGAUUGUUUAAUGGGCCUUAUGAUGGUUUAAUGGGCCUUAUGAUUGUUUAAUGGGCCUUUUGAUGGUUUAAAGGGCCUUAUGAUGGUUUAAAUGAGUCUUAUAUUUUACUAUGAAGUUUUAUAAUCAAUGGUGGUAAUAGAGUUUAUAUGUAUUUAACCAUAGAAAUAUUUUAUAUAAUUUUUAUUAAAUAUGAAAGACACAGACAUCCAUUCUUAUUGCCACUUCCUAUAGAGAAACUUUUGAAUAUCCCGACUACUAGUAUAAAUGUGUUGUAAUUAGCCACUACAAAACCAUUUAUUUAGUGUUGUAAUAAACUGCGAACGGUAAAAUACUGAGGUCACCUGAAAAUUACUUCCAAAUUAUUUAACCUUGAGAUUAAAUAUCCUAACAUUAACCUAACCUAAUUAACCCUAACCAAAUUAUUCUUAGGUGUUUAAUCAUCAGGUGAAAUAAGCUGGGGGGGGGGAGGUUAACAAAUUACUAUAUGUAAUUAAUAUGCUUCCAUAUAUUCCAUUAGACUUGCUACAGAUGGAGUAAAACUGAAGAGCCUUAUAGCGCACACAUACACACACACGCACACUAUUGCAGAGCUGCCUUAUACUCAGUGGCUUCUAUAUCCUGUUUAUAGAACAUGUGUACCAGUUAUGUAGUGGUGAAUGAGACCAAGAACGAGAUUUGUUGUAAUUUUACCCUUAAUGUAGCACCUUAAAAAUCGCCCCUUACCUAAGUGGUCAACCGAAAGAGUCACCCCUUCCCCCUGAAACUAUCUAAGGGAGGGGAAGAGGGUAAGGGGGAUAAUCUUCAGGUCUUGGUAUCAAAUACAUUACCGAUCUGUAGCUGCCAUUUUGACCUCUCACACACUCAAGAAUAUAUCAAGAAUUAUUUAAUAUUCUUUAGUAAUCUUUAUAUGCCGAGUUUGUGCUGAAUAUAUAAGGUCAUUCUUUUAUUCUUAAACCCUAAUAGAUUAUUAUUUUUAGGACGUGGUGAAGAAAACAAAUUAUUCAAUGACUUAUACACUAAUUUGUGACUUUGGAAAUAUUGGACAGUUUUACGUGACAAAUAUACAGGGUGUUUCAAAAUAAUGUCUCCACAACUAUGCUGGGUGUCUCAAAAUAAUGUCUCCUCAACAACUAUACAGGGUGUUUCAAAAGAAAAUACAAGUUAAACAAUACCGUUACCAAUAUUAUGACCAAAUAAUGUAAAAAUAAUGUCAUUGUAUUUAAUGUGUGAACAUAAUAAUACCAUGAAGUCGCCUAGGUUGUGAUCAUCAUUAUAAUCAACAUUUAAAUACCAUUAUAGUACUUAAUAUAACAAGGUCCUAUAAUAACAGUGAUCUAUGAUAAUUAUGCCUAUUAGUUUUAAGAUCAUUACUGUAGAAUUUAUUUAAAAACAAUGUUCUUUAAUGUAUUUAUUUAGUGCUUGGUGAUAAUUAUUUAUUAUUUUGUAUUCUGUAUGUAUUUAUAAUGACUAACUUCUGUAAUAGGGUCAAUACAAAGUUCAGCAUUCCUUCUUUUACAGUAGUCACUCUAUAUACAGCACAGAAAUAUAUAGUACAGGUAUAUAGAGUACAGGUAUAUACAGUACAGGUAUAUACAGUACAGGUAUAUACAGUACAGGUAUAUAUAGAGUACUAUACCUAUAUCUUAACCCCAUUAGGUGAUCACAUAUAACCCAAUUGUGUCAUAUGUUUAUAAAUCUUUGCAAUAUUAAUAGAAGACCUUUGGGUUGUCUUAUAUAAAGUAUUAUCAAGUUCAAAAUAUUUAAAUCCUCAGAAAAAAGUUCACAGGUAUUUGACAAAUUAAUCAUGAUGUACUGGAACCUUUUGGUCUUGAUUCACGUAGGUUAUUUGUACGUGUAGGUUGUAGCGAUGAAAGCCGUGGGUACUUUUUAUCAUUACAGUACUGGGUGGGUGUACGGCUUAGGUGAGAUAGUCAGUUGUCUUCCAUUUACAAGUACAGUAUUUGAUAUAUUUAUUUAAUUAUAUAUAUUAUGCAAAUCACCUUAAGAAUCUCCAUCUUUGAUUAUUUCGCCUUAAGAUUAACCACCAUAAUGCUAAACUAACCUAACCUCAUCCCACCCCAAAUAGUGCUAGGGUGUUAGGUGAAAUAAUCCAGGGAGGAGAUUUUGCAGGUGAUCUGAUACUGUUGUGUAGGUCUUGGCAUCAGGGCAUGAGGUGACAUGUUAGUUUAAUAUUCAAUAAAAUAGAAUAUUGUAACUGGUUUUAUUAUAGUUUAUUGUUAUAAGAAUUUUUAAUGGUUGUGGGUAAAUACUGAAUUUAUAUGUAAUGUAGUUUAUUAUUUAUUGUUUUGUAGUUUAAUAAAUAUUGAAGUAAA